UCGAGUACUUCAGUCGGCUAAAACGCGGCCUCGUCCAUCCACCCUCCAGGGGGUGAGCCAGAAAAGGCGCGUGAAAAUAUUUCGAUCUGAAAAUUUUCGAAGGGAUGUUUUUCCCGAGAUGGACGACGACGAGGACGAUCUGAAGUUUUCCCUGGAAAAUUGUUGAAGUUUUUCAAGUUGGAAAUUGGUUCUCAUGAUUAAUGUUUGGGACGGGAUCAUCCACAUCGAUUUGGAGCUACACUGGCGAGCACAUUAAAUUAAGUACAGAUGAAGACCAAUAAUGGGGAAACUAUUUUGUUGCAAAAUCAUUCUGAUCGUCACCUUCGUUAUUUUAACAGGAGAAAACGCGCAAGGGAGAAAGGAGAAGAUCGAAAAGAGCCUUCAAAUCAUCCACGACGUAGCCAUAAGAAGCCUUGGCCUCUUAUGCCUAGGCGAAGAUUAUAAAGCACUCUCUGUAAAUAUAAGAACCGUUAGAUUUGAAUCUGCCAGGCAAAAAGCUGAUCUUGCAGCUACCCUCCUCCAAGAUUUGGGAGUCGCCCACCACAACGGUUUACAAGAUGCGAUAGCUAAAAAUCUGCUGGUAUCGGACAGAAGCAUUCUUUCUGCUCGUGUUUUGGCCAUCAAUGCAUCUUCAGGAUAUCUGGUGAACUCGGUUUGGUGGCAGAGACAGGGAGUGGAGUUGGAAGGACCGAAAAAAGUCAACGAAAUUCUGGAAAAUGGAAGGAGAGUCCAUUCUGUCUAUCCAUGGUACGAAGAUCCGGAUACAACCCCGAGUCUUCGGUCGCCAAAGUUCAUGCUGGGACCCCAGAACGUCUCCUACAAGGGCUGGUGGACCUACCCCUAUUAUUCUUGCUCGUCUAAGCGUUGGUUGAUGUCUUACAGCGUCCCCAUCCCUCCGGGUCGUAGGGGAUUGAAAGGUUUCUUGAGUUUGGACAUCGAUAUCUCACACUUGGAGGUCAACCAAUGCGAGAAAACUUUUUCUGAUAGACCGAAUGAAAUCUCUGUGUUCCAUGGCACCCACAAAUGUCACAAUGCCACCUCUAGAUGUAUCUAUGCUUCCCACAUCGCCCCAAACUGGUCCAGAGGGCGCUACCAAUGCAUCUGUAGAGACGGAUAUUACUCUCCACACCAUGGGGGUCUGUUCAAUGGAACCCUGGUGGAAGUUGCCUGGCAGCAAAAGGAGGAAAAUAUAACCGACACAUGGGAUUUAAUAUUCGAAUGUAAAAAAUGCGAACCUGGAUGUCAUACAUGUAUAGAUCAAUCUCCGUGUUUAGCAACUUACAAUUGGCCGUUUAGAAUUACUCUGUUAGUCUUCAGUGUCAGUUGUGCUUCUUGUACGAUGAUCUUGAACAUUUUCAUGUUCAAGCACAAAAGACUGAAGGUGUUCAAGGUAGCUAGCCCGAUAUUUUUAAGUAUAACUCUUUUUGGAUGUGCUACAAUGUACCUUGAGAUGGCAGCAAUUUUUCCCGUCUUAGAUACGUAUUCCUGUAUAGCAACCAAGUGGUCCAGACAUUUGGGCUUCUGCAUAACGUACACCGCAUUGUUGAUGAAGACAUGGAGGGUUUCCCUAACGUACAGAGUCAAAUCCGCUCAUAAAGUUAAACUAACAGAUAAGCAAUUACUCCAAUGGAUGGUUCCAAUUUUGUUGGUAAUGCUGAUUUACCUCGGCACCUGGACUGUCUCUGAUACCCCCACAGCUGAGGAUAUACUGGAUAACGAAGGCCUGCGGUUUAAACAAUGUGUCUACAAUUGGUGGGACCACAGUUUAGCCAUUGGAGAAGUCCUGUUUCUUGCUUGGGGUAUCAGAGUCUGUUACAACGUUAGAAAUGCUGAAUCUCUGUACAAUGAAGCCAGAUUGAUCAGUUACGCUAUCUACAACAUUGCCAUAGUGAACAUCAUGAUGAUAGCCUUCCAUCUCUUCAUCUUCCCACGAGCAGGGCCAAAUAUAAAGUACUUUUUAGGUUUUAUAAGGACCCAGCUUUCCACUUCGACAACAAUCACUUUGGUUUUCGGCCCAAAGGUUUUCCGUGUGCUAAGAGGUCAGGGAGAUCAAUGGGAUAAUAAGGCUAGGAGUAGAGGAGUGUCGGCAUCUUUCUCAUUGAAUGGCAUUGGUCUAGUACCAGAAGAAGCACCAGACCUGUACCAAGAGAAUGAGGAGCUCAAGGAGGAAAUCCAGAAACUAGCAGCUCAAAUAGAGUUUAUGAAAAUAGUUCAUAUGCAAGUAAACAACCGUCACUUGAAACCUAAGGCUGGUGGUUACUUCAGUAGUGUCAAUGCACCAACGGUAAUCCACAAUCCUUCAGCUAAAACCGGAGGUUGCCUUUUAGCUAAAGCCGAAGACUUGUAAUCACCGAUAGUCAAUUAAUCUGUUGAGUAAGACGAAGGAAAAUAAAAGUCACAUAGAUGUCACCUGAGGCCCAAGACUGUGGUUAUCAACAAUCUAUUUCCAAAGACUAGAGGAUGCCCUUUAGCUGAAGCCGAAGAAUCGAUUGUCAAUUAUCUGCUGAAUUAGAAGGAGAAUGAAGUCUCUGAAAUGUUACAAUAAACAGAAUACCACUGAUUUUCGGUGAAACAUUAAGGCUUCAUAAAUAAAUGUGUGAUAAAAUGUAAUAUAUGUGGUUAGAUACUAGAUUUUUGACUGUAUGCAAAAAUUACUUUGUGAUGAUGUAAUUUGUUACUUGUAUCAUUCAUAAACAACAUUCACUAUUUACAAUUCAUUUCCGAAUAUUUUUAUGCUUCUUUAGAUGAAAUCAGAAAAUUUAGAGAAACUUUGUUGGCUUGCAAGUUUUGAGUUCAUCAACAAGCAUAAUGUCAGUCCAGUUCGAAUGUGAUAGUUUUCCUAGAUUAUAGACAGUGGGCGACAAUAUUCGAAAUUCAUUAGAAGAAAAAAUUAAAUUGAAAAAUUUAUCAACAGUGAAAUAAUCAGUUAAUUUUUGUAAUUCAUUGGUGCCAAAUCUAAAGACUGCUUCAAGUAUUAAAAACAACUUAUGUUCUCAUGAUUUCAAUCGACAAUAAAAGAAUUUAGAUACAUAUCACAGUUUUCUAAAAUGGAAUUAUUUUGCUCAAGAUCAUGUUGAAGGUGGAUAACGGAGUAGUGAUAUUGAAAAUCUGGGAUUUUUUGAUCAAAUAUUCGAAAAAUUUAGAUGUAUCCUUCUCGUUUCAACAUUUUUCAUGUAUCAAGAAAUAUAUAUGGUGGUAUUAUACUAGUUAUAGAAUAAAUGUCUUAAUGUGUAAGUUAUGAAUACUUUGGAUGAAAAAUUAUCUUGAGCCCUAGAACAAAUUUUUUGUCCUUUGUAUUAUAUUGCUAGACUAAGCCUGAAUUUUUCUCAACCAUUCUCAACUUUCUGAUAUUAAAUCAUUGAAGACUCAAGUAGGUUGUGAUUACAUAGGGCAUGAUGGCAUUGAAUAGUGAAAAUAAGAAAUAAGCUUACUUUUACUAAAAAGUAGCUGCUGAUCGUGUUGGUGUUGUGACUAAAUAUUUGAGUAGAAGUAGGAAUUGAAAUAGAAUAGAAUUCUAAAAGCGAAUAAUAUAGCGCAUAUAUACCUUACUCAUACAUAAGUCGUUAUAAUAUUGAAAUAUAUAAAAUAUUCAAAACAUUUUUCCUAUAUUUGAUUCAAAAAAUCCCAAAUAUCAUUAUCACAAAGCUGUUAUCAAAUUCAUAAAAUACUUACCUACUCAUUGCAUGUUGUUUAGCCAAUUGGUGGGUAAGUACAUCCUAUAUUAAUAUUUGUUAAUUUAUUUAAAAUGUAUAUGGUCGAUUGCACAGUUGAUAAGUACAUAACAUGAUUUGUUGUCAAAAUGUUUAUAUGUUGAAACUAAAUGUUCAAUUUAUUGAAAUUAUAUUGCCCUAUAUUUGUAAAAAAUGUUGAAUAAAUGUAAAGAAAAUAUCA